GCACUUUAACCUUUCUCGUCACCCACCCCAGUCUUUUUAUCAGCCUUUGACGUUCAUUCCUUCAUUCAUCUUUCACUGCUUUUCUACAUUACAAGGUCUGCUCUUUCACAAGAACAACCACAACAAAAAAAACUACUGAAAAACCACUGUUGCGAGAGAAAACAUAGCGUUUCUUUCGACUCUCGGAUUUACUUCGAGAGAACCUACAACCGGCGCAGCUACACAUACAAGGCCUUUCUAGGUACAUCAUCAUCAUUUGAUAACGAUUGGUCGAUUUUCCAUCUCUCUUUCAUACCUUUCUACGACCUUCCUCUCCUCAAAUAACUCCUCAGAUCGCACUCCUUUCGUUUCUCAAUACUACACCAACUGACGCCGCCGCCGCAAAAACAACCUAAUUAAAAAAAAAAAAAAACUACCUGAAAAAACCCACUGAAAAACAACUACAAGGGACGACGAUACGAGAAGGCCUAGUCCUUACUCGCUUUCCGUGACGCGUUCCUAUCGCCAUCCUCAAACCCGAAAUGGCUCCUCCCGGUCCUCGAAAGGGCUCGGCUCCUUCUGGCGCACGUAACAACCGUACUAGCAACGGUGCAGGGGUGGCUGCUCGAGGCGGAAUUUCGAAGCGUCGUACCAAUAACGCAGCCAGAGUCGACAGAGAUGGCGAUCUUGAUAUGGACGCCCCCGGGCAAAAUGGCCGUCCCUCGCGCAAAGCGAAGCGUUCCGAUCAUCGCGAUUCGCAUGAUACUGUCCCGACCGGUCCUCGAUCUACCCGAUCAGCGGCAAAUGGACCCCGCGGGCCCAGACCAACAGCGAAAGCGCAACAAAUCAUACAACGAGUUAUCACCGGAACCAGCGGAAGUCUCUCCUCGCGUAUCGCGAAUGGAAUGUCCGGAGGCCCAAGAAGCUUCAAAGGCACCAAUGCUCCGAACACGAUGACGCUCCGAAUCGAAGGUCUCAAGUCGAGCAAAGCCGCCCACAACGAGGGAGGCGGACUUAAAGAGCUAUUGACCUUUCUAGAAAGAAAAGCCCAAACCGUUGGUAAAGUAACACGACCCAUAAGGAUUAAGAAGUCACAUAUCAAUGGUGACUUUGUCUUCGUGACAGCAAGUAAGGAAGAUGCGGAAGAAAUUCUGAAAGUUAAUGGAUUCGGAUUCGCCGGUGCAAGUCUUACUAUUACAGAAUCUUCCGGAGAUAAUCCCCCGUCUAGCCAGAAUAACCUAUCUUCCAACGCUCUUGAAGUCAAAGACCAACUUCGUACCGUCCUCAGCCUACGAUACGAUGUCGAAGCGAAAUUAUUGAACCUAUCUGCCCUUGGCGAAGAUAACGGGCUCAACCAGAUGGGCUUCUUCAGUGGCGAGAGUAGGCCAGAGAAGCUAUUCCGCGCGCUGAUGGCUGUCUGCAACGGAUUAUUCGAGACACCUCAGCAAAAACGCGAGGCCGUUGUCAGUAUCAGCCUUGCGGGCAACAACAUCGACGACGUCGUACAAAUAAUGGCCUUGGCCGACACGUUCCCCGACCUACUCAACCUCGAUUUAAGUCGAAACCAAUUCAAAGAUAUCAAGGGCCUACAGAAAUGGCGUCAUCGUUUCCGAAAGCUUGAGACACUGCUUCUCAAUGCCAACCCUAUCGAGAUGGUGAACCCCAACUACCAAGCAGAAGUCAUAUCUUGGUUCCCAAAGCUACAGAACUUGAGUGGCGUUCAAGUUCGAACACCAGAACAAAUUGCCGCCAUGGAAGCCGCAUCUAGACCUAAACCAAUCCCGCAACAUGGCGCGGACUUCCGUGACAUUAACGGCGUCGGUGAAGGCUUCAUUAGAGAGUUCUUGACGAUGUACGAUGGGGACCGAAAUACUCUCGCUGCUAAGUACUACGACAGCGAAAGCACCUUUUCUAUCUCUGUUAAUAACACGAGCCCUCGUCAAACACAGAACACGCAACCUGUUGGCUGGGGUGCAUACAUCAAAUUCUCCCGCAAUCACGUCAAGAUCACACAUACUUCUACCAGAAUCCAGCGUUUAUUCACUGGGACGAAUUUCAUCCGAAGUGCAUGGCAACAAAUGCCUCUUACACGGCAUCCGGAUCUCACGACAGAAUUCAAUAAGUACAUCAUCGACUGUCACCCCGUUCAAGGCCUCGCCGACCCAACUGGACAGAGUCCCGUGGGUGUAGAUGGAAUGAUCAUUACCAUCCAUGGUGAAUUCGAAGAUCAAGAGCCUGCCACUAUGAAGACGGCUAAGCGAAGCUUCUCUCGUACAGUUGUUCUAGGCCCUGGGGCACCAGGUGGUCACUUCAUUCGGGUUAUCAGUGAUCAGCUUUGUGUCAGAGCUUUCAACCCAUUACCGGGUUCCACCCCAGAACCGGUUCCUCAAUCCAACGUGGAACCGCAGCAGCAACAGAUGGUAAUCGAGCUCUGCAACCGAACGGGCAUGACUCCAGAAUAUUCUAAGUAUUGCUUAGAGGGAGUCAACUGGAACUUUGACCAGGCUCUGGCUUUGUUCAACGAGAAGAGGGAGAUGUUACCGGCCACAGCCUUUGCAGCCGUGUCUCAAUAGAACUGAUGGCACGGCUCAGGCUAUACCAGCCCGGGCAAUCAGGGCAAUCAAACUGCUCUACGCGAAGAAUAUUGCAUUGGCCUAGGAGUUUGCGGUUUAGUGUACUUGUUUAUGAGGUUACGUGGCGUUUGAGGAAUUUGGCAUUUUACGGGGUGGUUUAUGCUUGCCUGCAAACAGGUAUAUACAUACGGCAGACGAGGAAGACUAAGAUCUUGAGGGAAUGAGAUCUUAUGAUACCUCUAGGGGUAUAGGAAACAACACUUGACCAGACUGAGAUUCAUGUAUAAUUAUUACUCAGCGCUCAGUUCUCGUCGGCUUGGAUUCGGAAAGCGUCGGGCUGGAUCAAUAGUAUCCUAGCGAGUUGUAGUGGAGGAAAAAAUGAAUCGAUUCCGAACCCCAAAAAUCGUGUUUUGCGUAUCGUGACUUAACUGUAAUAUGUGAUAUUGUGAAACCUGACUUAAUUCCGUAGGCAAUAGUAGGCAGCUGUUGAAGAUACCUGGGUAUUGGCGUAGUCUUCCAUAUAUGUAUGUAGCCUGGUUUAAUUAUAG